CAUCUCAUUCAGUGAUGAUACAGUGCUUCUUACUCUGUAGGCUGCGAUGCUACAUUAAAAAGCAGAUGUGAAAUAUGGUUAGAAAUGCUUUUUCAACCAGAUUCCAAAUCAUGGCUUAUUUGCCGAAGUAUAGUUCUACACUAAUACUUGUCAAACUGUUUUAUCUUCCGUAGAUUUAAACUUUUCAGCAUACAAUAAUAUCCUGUUUGGCCAUAUCUUGCGAGCUUCUCUCUUUCUUUGUUGUAGGGUUUUUUAUUUUUCAUCUCAGAAAUUACUCUCCAUAAAUACAUGGAAAACCAAAAUGAAAGAACUUCCUCUCUUCCAGUAACUGAGUCAAUAGAGGCAACGGCAGAGGAAGACAUGAAAAACAGUCAUUAUGAGCCGCUAACCAAUCUCGAUAAAUCAAGUACAUCCUCACUACAGCAAAGAAACUUGUUCAACAAUAAUAGCAACUAUGUUAGCCAUACCAAUAAUAGGACGACCACCAGAUUUCCAUUCAGGCAACGCCUAUCACUGUUUUUUUGCAAGCACUUUGACUAUUUUAGAGGAUUAUUAUACCGUAUUAUCACACUUAUCGUCAUUAUUGGAGUUCUUAUUGCCAUCGGCUUGGGUCUGAGAUAUACAGACGGAUUACCGAAGCCUGAAGACUUUUCUAAUCUAACUUUCGAUUGGCAGAUCAAUCCCAGAGAUUACCUCAAGCCGUACAAUGCUUCAUUCGAAUACAAUGUCUUAUUGGAUGGACAUUCUCAUUCGACCUAUAGUGACGGCAAAAUGAAUGUGCGACAACUUUUAAAUUGGCAUAUUGCAAAUGGAUAUAAUGCAGUUAUGGUCACUGACCACAAUACAAUCGAAGGUGGACUGGCGGCGGAAAAAUUAGCAAUCAGAGAAUAUAAUGAUACCAUUGUGGUCAUUCCAGGCAUGGAAUAUACCUGCUGCAGGAUCCACAUGAAUUUGAUUGGCAUAAAUCAAACGAUUAAAACGACAGGUCCGUUUCCUACAGAUGAAGAGUUGCAAAAUGUGAUUGAUAAAGUACACGAAUUGGGCGGUCUUGUUAUUGUGAAUCAUAUUCCAUGGAGCAAUACUACUGAAGCCGGCUACCAGCUGCCUCGCUUGCCUAACCAUCCUAGCAUUGAACAGCUGAUCAGUUGGGGAGUGGACGGCUUCGAGGUUAUUAAUCAAGAAACAUUCGAUCUGGCAUCUUAUCAAGCGACACUGCAACACAAUCUUAUACAAAUGGUAGGCAUGGAUCUACAUCACCCCUCAGUGGGUGCUCAAGUCUGGCUAACCGUCAACACGCCUUCUAUGACAAAAGCAGCCAUUUUGAAUGAAAUUAGGAACAGGCGUACUUCCUUCUUAUUUGAUCCAGCUGGUACGCGGCCUCGUGCCUAUGUGGACUCACCAGCCUCAUUCAAGGCCUUAGAGCCUUUGAUGUAUCUAGGCGAUUAUUUUGGUAUGUUUUAUGAUAAUUACAAGGGCAUGUACAGCUUUCAAGGAACUUUUUGUCAUCCUGAAAUAUUACGGGUGCAGAGUAGCGUUAUCGGGUGGUUUAUCUUUUGGAUCAUAGUAUUGAUGACUGCAUUUGAAUUGACUCGGUUAGCGGUUCUUUCUGUAUUGAGCAGGAACAGUUUGAAACGGCUAUGUAGAACAUCUCGAAGUGGUAGAUAAUAUACUUAAAAGUUAUAGAAUUAAAAGCUCUGUAUAUAAUGUACAUCAUUUUAUAGUUCUUAAAUGUUUCAGAAUGUACAUUCGACAGUGCUAUGGUGCAAGUGUAUAAUGUUAGGUCAAUUGGGUUUUAUUCGGUUGAAUCUUUUCUUUUUAUUUUUUUUUUUCUUUUGUCAACUGCGCUGCUGAUAAGUUGAAAUUUUGUGCCAGAUAAAGAGUAAAGGAAAGUAUAGCUUAAAUUGUUAUGUCAAAGGAUAACCAUACUUAAAAAAUAAAAGUAAAUAAGAAAACAAUAAAAGAGUGAGGAAGAAAGCAUAUAGCUGUAAAGCAAAGAAGAAGAAAACUAGUGAUUUCGCUACGUCAUCUUAUAAAGUAAGUAAAAUUAGUGUUAUCUUCGGCAUAAAGUAAAGAUUGAAAUUGGUAUUUUUUUUUUUUUUUUU